ACAGCCCUGUCUCAUUUAUAUCUAUUGGUGUCUGUGUGAUGCGAUGUUUCGUGCCUUUAAAAUCUGUCACGGUGGUAAUAAGCAAUUAUUAUGGAACCGUUUAGUGACGCGUCGGUGGUGUGUGUGCCCAAACCUGCGAUUUAAUAUGCACGUUGAAAUUACUGGAGCAGAUUAACGCUGCAGGGGAGAAACACGCGCGCACACACACGCGCGCGCGCGCACCUAUUAGGCAGAAAUGGGGCAAACCGGAGAAACGUAGCGUUGUGCGGAAAGCCUCAUUUGAUUGUGUGUGGCCACCUACAAUUUAUUGCAUUGUGUUGUUAUUUGCGCCUCUUUCCGCACAGCCUGAAUAUACGGGCACUUGGUUUACGGAGAAAUAGCGAGGUUUGUCGAGCUACGGACGGCGCUGGGGAUUGUAAGCAGCGAGCAGCCCUGCGGAGCGAAGAUCGACAAGUCGGACCAAUCGAUUGCACUAAUCGGCGGCGGCGUGUGGCACCGAUCUGAGGACCGGACAUGUCUUCUAAAGAAAGGCAGAAAGCCAAGCUGACCAAGGAGAGCGUUACCCUGUUGCCUUGCUUUUAUUUCGUAGAGCUGCCGAUACUGGCCUCCUCAAUUGUCAGUCUAUAUUUCCUGGAGCUCACAGAUGUCUUCAAACCCGUUCGCUCAGGCUUCAACUGCCAUGACAGGACACUCAGCAUGCCGUAUAUUGAACCCUCUCAGGAAAUCAUCCCCUUUCUCAUGUUGCUUAGCUUGGCAUUUGCUGGACCUGCAGCCAUGAUUAUGAUAGGUGAAGGUAUUCUUUACUGUUGUCUGACAAAAAGAAGAAAUGGAAUAGUAACCGAGGCGAACAUCAACGCUGGAGGCUGUAACUUCAACUCAUUCCUCCGACGUGCCGUCAGAUUUGUUGUGUGUAAGCCUAAUUAUACAUCGCUAAAUACCUCCUGUGAAGAAAAUCCAUACGUUGUGGAAGAUAUCUGCACAGGAUCUGAUCCUUCUAUCAUUAACGCUGGCAGGAAAUCCUUUCCAUCACAGCAUGCCACACUUGCAGCCUUUGCAGCUGUAUAUGUUUCAAUGUAUUUUAAUGCAACACUGACUGACUCUUCCAAACUCCUCAAGCCGCUCCUGGUCUUCACCUUUAUCAUAUGUGCAGUCAUCUCUGGUUUAACUCGUAUUAUCCAGUACAAGAAUCAUCCGAUAGAUGUUUACUGUGGAUUUAUGAUAGGAGGAGGAAUCGCUGUCUAUUUGGGUCUUUAUGCUGUAAGUAAUUUCCAGCCUAGUGAUGACGGUUUAUCCCACCAAACCUAUCACAGAGAACCUUUGAGGUCACUGACAGACCUCAGCCAGGAAAGCAGCAGACAGCUCCAAGGAAAAACUCCCAGUAGCAUUGAUGGAAUUUCCUCACACCAUUCUGAAAGUAUACUGAAUCGAAACCACAGGGAGUCCAGCUCCCUUACUAACCUGAAGAGAACAAGUGCUGACGUUGAGGUCAUUACCCCUCGCAGUCCAAUGGCAAAGGAGAACAUGGUGACCUUCAGUAAUACUCUGCCUCGUGUCCACACAUCAUCAAUGGAUGAGGCCGCGAGAAGGAAUGCAUCAAUUCACGCAUCAAUGGACUCGGCCCGAUCUAAACAACUCCUGUCACAGUGGAAAUCCAAGAAUGAAAGUCGGAAACUGUCCCUGCAGGUUAUGGAGACAGAGACAGGUCACUCACCACCGAAGUCCAUUGAGAUGCGAUCCAGCUCAGAGCCAGCAGGGGUAGGACUCAAUGGAGACCAACAAUCCCAACUCACUCAGUAUCUGAAGAUGCAAGCUGGUACUAUUCCAGGAAGCAACAACACCAGUAACAUGGGUGGUGGAGCACGAGUCUGCAUGCAGUCACGGCCUGGUUCUUCGCAGCUCGUCCACAUACCCGAGGAAACACAGGAGAACAUAAGUACCUCUCCAAAAGCCAGUUCGGCAAGAUCAAAGUGGCUGAAGGUAGCUGAGAAGAGUGGAGUUGGUAGGGCAAGCACCCAGCCAAGAAUUAUGCAAGUUAUUGCCAUGUCCAAGCAGCAAGGAAUGUUGCAGAGCAGUCCAAAGAGCACAGAUAGUAGUACAGUAAGCUGCACUGGAUCUAUAAGGUACAAAGCUUUAACCGACCAUGAGCCUACUAAUAUUGUAAGGGUGGAAGCUCACCCAGAGAACAACAGACCCCUGGUGCAUGUACCUUCAGGCAGUGAGGAAAGUGGUUCAUGGAAGUGGAAGGCCAGUGAGAAGAGUAGUCUCCGCCAAGCAUUUGAGUUAAAUGACCUCAACAGGGACUCUGAGAGCAGUGAUUCACUGAAAGAUAGCUUUGCCUCAUCCGACAGAAAGAAAACCAAUCCAGACAUUGGCGAGCACCAUCACCAUGGAAUCACCACCAUUAGGGUAACACCAGUGGAAGGAGGCGAAGCUACCUCUGAGACGCACUCCGUGUCCUCCAGUCGGGACUCAACCCUCAGGCGGAAAGCUAACAUCAUUUUAAUACCCGAAAGAGGAAACAGCCCGGAAAACACAAGGAACAUCUUCUACAAGGGAACAUCACCCACUAGAGCGUAUAAAGAGUGAAUAUUUACCCCAGAAGCCUGCUGAAAGACAAUCCUUUCAAGAGAGUUAAAGAAUAUCUCUACUUUCUAAUAACAAAUACAGCCAUUUUAAUGUGCCAUUCAGCUGUAAAAUGAAUUAAAAUGUUGCCAAUAGUUAAACAUCUUUGCAUGAAUAAGAUAUUUUUACAUCCUAAUCAAAAGCACAUGGGCAUAGCCUGAGCCUUGUGGAUAAAAAGUACUUGCUAUGUUGCUAUUUCAAUGAACUGUGAAUGCAUUUUCUCCCAUAUUGAACACCAUUCAUAUAUUGAUCAAAUGAUAAAUUUUCAGUUAGCUUUUGCUGUAUAGCCAUAGUCUGUAAUGAACAAUUUAGAAUUUCUUUCCUGACUACUGCUCUAGAUGGAACUUGCAUAUCUAACAGUUAAUAUGAAUUUUGCCACUUUUUAUGUGUUAAAAUGUUACUGAGGUUUCAAUGAUUAAUUGGUUGACAGUAAAUGACACUUUUAAUUCCAGAAGUAUCUUCAAAGGGAUCACAUAGAUAAUAAAACCAUGUAGCCUUUAUGGAAAUUACACACAAAGUGUAUCUGAAUACAUCCACAUAUACACCACAUAUAAUACAAAUAAUAGAUUUUUCUCACGGAAUGUAAAGUGGACAGUAAUUGAUAACUGACAAUGAUUUAUAUCAUAGAUUUUUUAUACUUAUUGUAGCCUUAGCAUAUUGAUAUAUGCCUUUGAAGAAAAUGUUUUUUAAGUGAUUAAAGACUGCAUCCUUUUUUGUAAGCUUACAUAGCUAGUACUUCAAAACUAUUAAGAUAUAUAUAAAAUAUGCCUUUAAUCAUGUGGUGCAGGCUUUGUACCAAUGUCUUUUUACAUUAACUAAUGAAUGGAAGUGUCCAAUACAACCGUGUUUUACAAUCUUUUCCUCCCUCAAGUGGUGUAUAAACCUGUACAAUCCUACUGAUUUGCUACAGGAAGGUGUUUUGUUAUUUAUUACUAGAUCCAUAUGGAUAGAAAGAUGUGCAGCUUUUAUUAGGUAUUUGUUGUUUUGGAUACAGCUUAAAUAUAGGAACUCAACAAUCUUUCAAGCAGAAGCUCAAAUAUUAUGAUAUCAACAUUGUUCUUUAGUAUCUUUGUUAAACUUUUGUUAGAAUAAUGACUUUUAAGGAAUCAUCAUGUUUCAAAGAGCCCUUGGCUUGAAUGAUUCCAGUGGAUGAAGUGAAAACGUUCUUCUUAUUGCAUAAUGAUAUAGUUAUGUUUUAUUACAAUUGUUAUUUACAAUGGAAGUGUACUGUUCCUGGUACUGUACAAGUGGCUGUAACACUUUGGAUAAUGGGGAAAAUAUCCAAGCAACUGCAUGUAUUUUUAAUUAAAGUAUCACCUGUAAAAAAACGAAACUUUAUUUUCAUUGCAACCGGUACAUUAAAUAUUUAUUAUGGAAUUAUUUAACAAAUCAUUGUAUAGAAUCACUAGUUGGUACAGACUGUGAUACCUUGUGGAAGGUUGUUACUUGCCCAGUAAAAUUAUAUUUAAGUGGUUUGUAUGUUAAAAAGAAAACCAUUUAACCAAGGUAUGCACAGAUGUAUAGUUGCCUGUGUGCUUAAAAUGUUCUGUUAACUAUUUUUUCAUAAAGUGUUUUAAAAGUGGGCACUAGCUCAGUAAGUGAACAUAAGACAUAACUUUGUGCAAGUUCCUAAGUUGUGCUAUACAAGAGUCUUGUGGAAACAGGCCAAGGUCGGGGCUGAUUUCUCUUAAAAGUAAAUCAGUGGCACUAUUAUCUUGUGUGAGAUUUCAGCCACACUUAAGCAACAUACUUCUUGUAAGUUAAUUUACAGAAUAAAUGUUUCUUAAUUGA